AUGUAUUCAAAUUUCAUCAAAAAAGAAAACACAAGUGAAAUAAUUCAAGCCAAUUUAUUGAAGUAUACAUUUCUUGCAAAACGACAAGAAUUACAUAAAAAUGUAGUGCCCAUGAAAUACCGUAACAACAAUAAACUAGCAACUUUACUACUAGAAAAUGAACAGGCUAACCUUUUGACAAACUUAAACAUUGCAUUAACUAAGUCUAAAAUGAAACAAGAUAAAAAAAACCGGAAAGAUAUUAAUAAACUAUUCACUAAAAAAACACAAGCAUACCAAAAUCUUCGAAUGUUCAAUGAAUACAUAGAUAUUUUGAACGAAGAAAUUCAUCUUAACAAAAUUAAAAAUGCAGAAAAACACGAAAGUUCAAAAAAACAUAAAUCGAAAAUGUACAAUGAACCGAAAAUUAAUUGUGACCUGAACAAUGUAUUAUUUAGAUAUACCCAUAUAUACAACAGUAAAGUUAAAGAACAAAAAGAGUUAAAGCAUACAUUAAAUGGAUUACUUCAACAACUGGGGAAAAAAAAAGAAAAAUAUGAUUCGAUAAUGUAUCAACUAAAUAAAGCAGCUAAGCUUUUAAAACGUAUUGGUGAAAAUGCAAUAAAAUCUAACAAGGAUAGAGAGCAAGCGCAUAGAAAUUUAGUAGCAUUUCAAGAAGCCAGUAGGAUGGAAAAAAAACAACAAGAAUUGAGAAUGUAUUUGACAGAAUAUAAAUUCAAAAACGACCUCGAAAGUUCCGAAUUUCUUCAAAGAAAACAUGGCGUACGCCAUAAUAGCCAUAUUAUUUACAAUAGUAAAAAAGAUAUUGAGCAAAACAAAAUACAAAAUAAAAACGAUAACGAUAAUGAAGAACUCAUAAUAUUAAUGAAACAUUUGGUUCACAUGAGUGGAGAUACUGAUUUAAAAAUGAUUGUACAAAAUGUAAUAAGAAUCAAUUCUAAUAAAGAGAGUUUAUUUCGUUAUUUAAUGUUUCUAGAACAACAAUGUUUAGAAUUGGAGAGUUCUAUAAACCGUGAUCAAAAUAUUGCUAUUGAUAGGAAAAUAUUAAAUGAUAAUAGAAUUAGAAAUAACGAAUGCAUAGUAAAACAGUAUUUUGAAACAAUCCAAACAAAUGGUCGAAUUUUAACAUCGGCACAAGAAUUGACGGAUUACAUGAAAACAAUGUACGAAGAGUUAUGCGAUAAGAUCUACACGUAUAUAUGUCGACCUUUAAAAAUUAAAAUAAAUGAGCCAUUAAACGAAGAAAAUAUUUUGGAAUAUAUGACAGAAAUAGAAAAUAAAUCAUUUGAACUUUUAUAUAAAAUAAACUGCAUUGAAAACAGUUGUAUAACGGGACAAACCGAAGAUCCGAUGACAUCCGAUGGAGAAUCAACACAAAAUCUAAUUAUUAAAGAUUAUAAUGGCAUAGAAGUAAAAAUGCAUCAAAUUCUACAAAUGGAAGAAAUCCAUUCAACACAUGAUUUGGCUGAUAAUGGUCUUAAUAAUUCACAGACGUUAACUACAUGCCAAGAGAAGCAAGCUGGAAUCGUACGAAUGAAGUCAAUGCUGAACAUAUAA